GGUAGGGAUCCCACAGCUGGGUGGUUCUAAGCCACCAGGUUCCUGAAAGGUUCACGGGAUGCUGGUCCUGUUGCUGCAUGCAGUGGUCCUCGGCCUGCACAGCGCCUGGGCUGAGGAGGCCUGCACGCGCACCUGCCCCUUAGCCUGCGCCUGCAGUAGCACUGAACGCGGUUGCACAGUGUGCUGCGACCGUGCCGGCCUCCUGCAGGUGCCAGCUGAGUUCCCGUGCGAGGCAGCCUCCAUCGACCUGGACCGGAAUGGCCUGCGCUUCUUGGGCGAGCGGGCUUUCGGCACGCUGCCAUCGCUGCGCCGCCUGUCGCUGUGCCACAACAACCUGUCCUUUAUCACCCCGGGCGCCUUCAAGGGCCUGCCACGUCUGGCAGAGCUGCGCCUGGCACACAACGGCGACCUGCGCUACCUGCACGCUCGCACCUUUGCCACGCUCAGCCGCCUGCACCGCCUAGACCUGGCUGCUUGCCGCCUCUUCAGCGUGCCUGAGCGCCUCCUGGCCGAACUGCCUGCCCUGCGUGAGCUCUCUGCCUUCGACAACCUGUUCCGCCGUGUGCCCGGUGCGCUGCGCGGCCUGGCCAACCUGACACACGCGCACCUGGAGCGCGGCCGCAUCGAGGCUGUGGCCUCCAGCUCCCUGCAGGGCCUGCGGCGCCUGCGGUCGCUCAGCCUGCAGGCCAACCGCGUCCGCGCCGUGCACGCUGGCGCUUUCCGUGACUGUGGUGCCCUGGAACACUUGCUGCUCAAUGACAACCUGCUGGCUGCGCUGCCGGCUGAUGCCUUCCUCGGCCUGCGCCACCUGCGCACACUCAACCUGGGUGGCAACUCGCUGGGCCACGUGGCGCGCGCCUGGUUUGCAGAGCUGGCCGAGCUCGAGUUGCUCUACCUGGACCGUAACAGCAUCGCCUUCGUGGAGGAGGGCGCCUUCCAGAACCUCUCGAGCCUACUCACUCUACACCUCAACAGCAACCACCUUACCGUGCUCACCUGGGCCGCCUUCCAGCCUGGCUUCUUCCUGGGCCACCUCUUUCUCUUUCGCAACCCUUGGCGCUGUGACUGCGGCCUGGAGUGGCUGCGCGACUGGAUGGAGAGUGCCGGGCACGUUGCUGAUGUGUCUUGUGCCUCCCCGGGCUCUGUGGCCGGCCUGGACCUCAGCCAGGUGGCCUUUGGGCGCUCCUCGGAUGGCCUCUGUGUGGACCCCGAGGAGCUGAACCUCACUAGGUCCGGCCCAGGCCCGUCCCCAGAGCCAGCGGCCACCACUGUGAGCAGGUUCAGCAGCCUCCUCUCCAAGCUGCUGGCCCCGAGGGCCCCAGUGGAGGAGGCGGCCAACACCACCGAGGGACCAGUCAAUGCUUCACUGUCAGACAGCCUUAUAUCUGGUGGGGUGGGAGGCUUGGACCACAACACCCCAUUUCUCCUUCAUUCCAGUCUCCUGCUCAGCGUGGCCCAGCACGUGGUGUUUGUCCUACAGACAGACUGACCCUGCUACACUGGGGUGGCCCAAACUGCCUGGGGCAGUGUGGAAAAUUUUAGUUCACUGGGCCCCAGGGUGUUUGUGGUGGGAGGAGAGGAGAACAGAAUGGGGUAGGCGAUGAAAAUUCUUGCAGAAGGUGGAAGGAAUAGUUUGCCUCCAGAGAUGGCCCUAGGAAGAGUACAACCCUGGGAAAUGCCAUGCAGUGGGUGGGGUAUGGAUUUCUGCUCAUGUCAUAUGGGCAUCAAUUGGAAAAGAGAAGCAAGAAUGAACAUGAGACCUCUGGUAAGAAGGCUAGGAAUUGGAAGCUCCUAGGGCCUCAGGGCUCCACCCCCAUCCCUUCCCCACCAUCUUCCCAGAAAGAGGGACUGCAAUACCUGAAUUCAAGUCAGUCCAUUGGCUAAAUACUAAGAACUGUGCUGGUUUUCUUGGCCGGGCAACCCAUUAGGCCCAAUCUCUUUGUUUUCUACCACAAUCCGCCUUCCCCUGGACCUGGGGACACGGGGGUCCAGGAAGAUGGACAGGACAGGGGAGAAGAGGAAUGGGAGAGGGACUUAGACCUAAGAAGGUGGUGGUGGUUCCUAGGAUCUGAGAAGUUAGGAGGCAGUUAAAAUAAAGAUCCAUUUCAUUUAUUCCACAAUGAUUCCUAGGGGUGGCCUUAGGCACAAAGGAACUUUAGGGUAAGGUAGGGAAAAAAAGAGGGGGAAGUGUCUCUGAACAAAUAAAUUUACAAAAUUCUAAGAUUAAAAAAAAAUGCUAAACAGGUUUUUCUACUGCCUGGACUUUUCAGUCUUCCAUAGGCAAACAUGCAUUGUGAAUCUCCGGGGGCGGGGGGGGGGGCGGGGCACAAAAUCCUCUUUUCUUAGUGUUUUGUGGACAAGAGUAUCCCGAAGACACAGAGAUGCUAUGUUAGCAGGACAGGGAGUCUCCAGCUUGGAUGAUCCUAUUAGGUGUGGAAAUUAUUAUGGGCUGCACACUUUGGGGCUGACUAAUGGCCAAGAGGAAAGGAGGCAGCCAGUAGGUGGGAAGCAGGGCUGAGAGAUUUCCCAGGGCGGGAGUUGGUCAACUCUAAGUCUCCAGGUAUCAGAACACAGGCUGUAUGUCUGCUAAAUACUUGCUCAAACUGUUAUCCACACGUGGGUAAUUUUUUUACUAUAUUUGUCAACAUUCUGGAAAUCCCUAAUCUUAAUGUCCCCAGUUCCUCUCUCUGUUUUUGAGGACGUGGGUUGUCAAGGCCCACACAGAUUCAAGGUGCACCCAGCUGUCGGUUCUUUAUGAUGACAGUACUUCUUUUGUGUCUCUAGGUAAUAUUAAGUAUUAGAAAUGUUGCAGAAAGCACCACUGAGGGCAAAAGUGUUCAAGUGGGUUGUGACCAUUAGUGGUCAUCAACUCAAUUUAAUGGGUUACAACUGGUAUUUUAAAAACAAGAUAAAACACAAAAGUCACAGAGCAUCACAUGCAAUAUUAUAAGAGUAAGUAUUGUUUUGUGAAAUUUUAUUUAAUUUGUAUGCAUUUGUUCAGAUUAUAUAUGUAUGUAUGUGUCUGGGUUGUUGCACACAAUCUAUAUUUUAUUGUGAG